UAUAAAGACGUCUAUGGAAAUAACGCCAUUCCUUUUCUUCCUUCUAUUGCUAAUAAAUGGUUUGCUGUAAUUCAAAUUGUCCAUAUCGAUUGUAGCAAAAAAACAUUGAAAUUACAGUUAAAUUUGUAAUUCGAACGAAAUGAAACAAGUGUGUAAAGAUGUGGUGUUAAAAAAAUGAAUGUAAAUUGAAGUUGUAAUUUGUUGCCAAACUUAAUUUUUAAGUAAAUAAUUUAUUUAAAUAAUAUAAAUUAAGAAAUAUAUUUUGUCCAAGUUCGUGUAGUAUUUAUUAAAAAUGUUUAUUGAUAAUCUAAUGCGCGUUUUAAGUUUAAACAUUUCGGGCAAAAGUGCUAAAGUGUUCAAGACAGUUUCAGUGAUUCAUAAUAGUAAUAGAUUUCAAUAUCAAAUUCCAAGGAGAUUUACAAGUUUUUCUUAUGGAAGAGAGAAACGCAAAGAGCGUUACUUAUACUUGCCAUUUUUCAUCCCGAUUUGUGCCGUAAUAAGCUUCAUUUAUUGGACAAAUUUGAGAAAAAAAUAUUUAUCUACUGUGAAUGCAGCAGAAAUUAUGUCCGAAGAAGAGCAUGAUGAUGAUGAGAAAAAUGAUAGCUUGAGCCCUAUGCAAGAAGAUCAAAGCAAAAAGACAAAAGAAAAAGUCGGUUUUCGAGUUCAAAGGAUAAUAGGAUAUGAAAAUCGCAUAAGGAAUUAUUCUACACCUGACAAAGUAUUUCGAUAUUUUGCUACACUCCAAGUGAUCAACAAUGACAUCCAUGAAAUCUUCAUGACACCCGAUGACUUCUUGAGAUCCAUAACGCCUGGUGUUAGACAACCAGAUGGACUUGGAUUAGACAAGUAUAAAAGAUACGAUCCAAAGAAUGUUCAUACGAAAUUAGAAUUGGCUUUGGACGAAGACAGUAUUUUUUAUAAACUUGGGAGUGCUGGCUUAAUCACUUUCUCUGAUUAUAUAUUUCUUCUUACCGUAUUAUCUACUUCUAGAAGACAUUUUGAAAUUGCCUUCAGAAUGUUCGAUUUUAAUGGUGAUGGCGAUGUGGACUCUGACGAAUUUGGUAAAGUUGCUACCUUGAUACGACAGCAAACUAGUAUUGGAAGUCGACAUCGCGAUCAUGUUACUACUGGUAAUAUGUUCAAGGGUGUUAAUUCCGCAUUAACUACAUACUUCUUCGGGCCAAACAUGAAAGGAAAGCUGACUAUUGAGAAAUUCUUGGAGUUUCAGCAGCAAUUGCAAAAAGAAAUACUCAGCCUGGAGUUCGAGAGAAGAAAUCCCGAUGAGAAUGGUAAAAUAACAGAAGUAGAUUUCACAGAAUUAUUGUUAGCAUACGCUGGAUACCCUGCCAAGAAAAAAGAAAGAAUUUUAAAGACCAUAAAGAAACGUUUCAAAGAGAGUCCAAAGGGAAUAACCAAGGAUGAUUAUUUGAAGUUUUUCCACUUUUUAAACAAUAUUAACGACGUGGACACUGCACUGACAUUCUAUCAUAUCGCGGGAGCGUCGAUUGAUCAAGCUACGCUAAAACACGUGGCAAAAACUGUGGCGCACGUUGAUUUGGCUGAUCACGUUAUACAAGUUGUUUACACAAUUUUUGACGAAAACAUGGAUGGACAGUUAAGUAACAAAGAAUUUGUUGCUGUAAUGAAGAACAGAGUUUUAAGAGGACUAGAGAAACCAAAGGAUACUGGUUUUGUAAAACUGAUAGAAUCAAUGGCAAAGUGCAUAAAAAGCAGUUAUAGCGUGUCUUUUGAUAAUUAAAAUAAACGAAAUUCAAAUUAAUAGCAGCCUUUGCCUCUAUAACGUGUUUGAAUAACCAAACAGAAUUAAUUUUCCAAUUAUCUAAUUUGAAAUACCUGUGUAUGAUUAUGCUAUGAGUAAAGAUACAUGCAACAACAAACACGAUUCUUCUUAAUACAAUCCUAAAUAAACACACACACACACACACACACAAUAUAUAAAUAUUAUGUGUAUAUAUUGUGAUGUUGCGAAGCUCUAUAGCAAAACGUCGAAUUUGUAAUUAAUUAUAUUAUGACUAGGCAGUUUUCUCACUUUUCGAUUAGCAUUGUCCGUUUUUCUAAAACUUGAUUUUUAAUACACUCAUUUAAUAAGUUUUUUUUCAUAUAGCAUUUCAUUAAUCCUGAUAACUUGUAUUGUUUUCUUGCCGUUAAACGUAUUUUUAUCAUUUCUCAAAAGCGAAAUUGCAAAGUCGGGUUUUUUUUGUGAUUUAUUUGGUAAUUCUCCUUUUCGUCCUCGACUUUUUCGUGUAUUUGACGUAAUUGUUUUACUUUUUUGGAGUUUUUUAUGGGGAUUCUGACUCUACCAAACGAAGGCUCAGAUAUCACUGAAAACACCGAAGACCUUAGAUUAUCGACGUUUCUUAUUUGCCUUCAGAAAAAUAACCCCUUUGCAGUUGGUUUCCCUUCAGUUUCGCAAGCUAUAUGUUUAUCGUAAUAAUGGAGAGCAUGACGACACUAUUUACGUAUUUAUAUUUUUGUGAGAAAC